CCAAAAUGGCGAAGGCGUAGCUCUGCUGCUGCGCGCUGAUGUUGCAAUGGAACGACCAGUUGGUUUCAUUUCAUAACAAUAUAAAGCCGAGAACGAUAUGGUUUUCAUUUUGAAUCACUGCACCUGACAAAAAGGAAGCAGACUGCAUAAAGGGACGUUUCUUGUGACAAACUGUUUUUGGCAGAAAAGGCACAAUGGCGGGAUCAGACUGGACUUGUGGUCUCUCCACUAUGCGUGAAUGGGAGUCCCCAGAUUAUGAGCCGUCACUUCCUGUUUCUGAGAAGUCAAACCCCCUGACACGUGACAUCGACAGAGCCUCAGCCAGUCAUAUGGUGAGGAUGUUACAGGCCUGUGACGCCCAGAUGUUUCAGGAAGAGGCAGGAACCACUUACCAGAGGCUUUUGAGUGACAAAGUGGUGAAAACCAUGAUGGAGGUCGCUGAGAGAGUGGCGCUCAUCCUCAAGGAUCCUCAGGACAGCCUUGUUGUACUGAGCGGAUGUGGGACUUCUGGUCGACUGGCUUUCCUUAUCGCGUCAAGUUUCAACAGAGCACUGAGGCAGCCGAAGCAGAGUUCGGUCUAUUCAUACAUCAUUGCAGGAGGAGACAGAGCUCUGCUUUCCUCUCAAGAGGCUCCUGAAGACGACGGCAAACUGGGCAUGCUCAGUCUGAAGAAGGUCUGUGAGGGGAAGAGGCGGGUCUUGUUCAUUGGCAUUUCCUGUGGAUUAUCUGCUCCAUUUGUGGCAGGUCAGCUGGACCUCUGCCUGCAGCACCCUGAGGUCUACACUCCUGUACUGGUUGGCUUCAACCCUGCACAUCAGGCCAGGGAUGAGCCCAUACCAGGCUGCACAUUCACUUUUCACAGUGUGGUACAAAGGAUGCAGGAGCUUUCCAAAAGUCAGAUGGCCUUCCUCAUCAACCCAUCAGUUGGGCCAGAAGGCAUCAGUGGCUCCUCCAGGAUGAAAGGAGGCAGUGCCACUAAGAUUCUCCUGGAGGUUAUCAUGUCCGCUGCUCAUGCUGCUGCCUUCUCACACACACCCAUCACACACAAGGGCAUCCUGCAGCAUUUGAGAGUGUAUGAGAAAACUCUGGAUAUCACGUACUCUCAGAGUGAGGGGAUAACUGGUCUGGUGGAGGCAGCUGGGCAGAGUUUACGCUGUGGGAGGCGUGUGUGUUACCUGGGCUGGGGCUCUCUGGCUGUGCUGGGCCUCAUCGACGCCAGUGAGUGUAACCCCACGUUCGGAGCAGCCUACGAAGAUAUUCAAGGUUUCGUGAAUGGAGGAUACAGAGAGCUGAACAACAAUGACGGUCCGCUUACUUCACUGGGUCCUGAGUUUUGCAUAGCACAUGAGGAUUUUCUGCAUCAAGUCCUGCCCUCUCUCAAUGACCAGGACACCGUUCUACUUAUCUACACACACUCAGAUGACGUCAGUGAAGUGGCAAAGGUGGCACGCAGAGUGAGAGAAAAGACAUCCAACCUCCAUGCAGUUUAUCAUCAGGUUGAUGGAGACACUGCUGCUGCUUUACAAGAUGACAUCAAUAAAUUGUGUUUAUCCACACUAAAAAUCACUUGGCCGUCACCUACUUCAAGGAGCUCACUACACAUGCAGUGGGAGCUGUCCACUAAGCUGGUGCUGAACGCUGUGAGCACCGGCGCUCACGUCUUAAAGGGGAAGAUUUACCAGAACCACAUGAUCGACGUGCAGGUCACCAACAGCAAACUCUACCGCAGAGCCACACGUUUACUCCAGAAGCUGACUGGUCGUCCUGAGUCCCAAUGUAAGGAAGCACUUCUGAAGGCCGUCUACCGAGUGGACAAGUUGACUGGGGUCAUAACGUCCUCUGACAUGACCACACACACACUCACUGCCAGAAACACAACCAAGGUGGUCCCUCUGGCUUUGGUCUGUUUGCUGACUAGUUGCUCUCUCAUGGAGGCGGUGUCUCAUUUGGAGCAACAGCCAAUCGUGAGGGAGGCUGUGGAGGCAUGCCUGUCAUAAUUUGCAAGGCAUAAUGUCACCGUCAGAAGGAGAUGGAAACAGGCAAAGUCUGUACACACAUGCAGUACAUUAUGCAUUUAAUCAAGCCCCUGUUUCCCCUCCACAGAGAGCUCAGAGUCUUAAUGUCUCUUUAAUGUCUCAGAUAAACAGAAACUGACUAUAUUUAGUAUUUAAGUAUAGUUAGUGUAACUAAUCCGAACCCUAACCCAGAUGAGUCAAAGGUAAACAAAGUCUGCCGUUGUUGGCUCUUGCUUUGAUUAUAGGCUAAUGUCUUUUACAAGCCAAAAGGUCAAUAAACAACCAAACACAUCAUGACAGUAAGUGGCGGACUUGACACCUCAACACCAGAAAACCUGACCAGAAUAACCUGCAUAUUAUACUGUCAAUCUGUGCUAUAGAAAGGAAAAAGCAUUUGGGAAUAAGUAGUUGCAAAUACAGUUAUAAAAAUUCAAUGUAAUGCACUUUUUUGGAAGUGACAAGCACAAAAGACAGUGUUGUCCUGAUGUAUUGACCAAAGCAGUUUUAAAACACCAAUACCUGUCUGUCUGUUUACUUUUACUACUGAAUAAUGAACUAAGUUUUUGAUUUAAAAGAAACAAAAACAAAUAAACACAUCAUACUUCAUUACUGAAUUAUAUUAAAAUGUCUAAAAUUGAUAAUGAGCGGAGGUUUCACUGAUAUGUGCAUUCUGUAACAGUUUUCUGAAGGUAAAGACACUACCACAUUGGUCCGCGUGAUGUAAGUCAACCUCAAUCCCUGUGACUCAACACACACACACACUCACACAGGUACUGGAUUAGUGUGACGUGUGAAUGUAUCUUGAGAGCAGCUGAGCAGCUUUGGAAACACCUUUGGGGCAGAGCCAAAGGCAGGUAGGGAAGCACAGAGUGUUUUUGCUCUGUGCCUCAGGAAGGUAAAGUGCACAUCAGAUCUGGAUCAGAAAGCAUUAGCACAUAAUUCUACUAGACUACUACCACAUACUCUAUAUACAUGUACGUAGUGACCAAUUUGAUUGUCAAAUACAGUAGUUUAACAUUAAUUUAAAGUUAUCAUGAAGCGUCUGUUGCUCCCAAUUAAAAAAAAUGUGUCAGCAUGUUCACACAGCAGAACAAUUUGAUGUAAAAACAUCUUUCAGCAGCUGCAGGAAGGCUGGAUAGAUGACUAGCACACUCUCAACAUACACAUUGAUUUUAUGAUUGGGCCAGAUGGGGGGUUCAUACAAAUAUUACACUACAACAGAGAGCCCAGGGUUAAAACUAGAGGGUUGGUUUCUCAGAUUUUCACUUACCCUCAGUGGUACCUAUUCAUACUGAUAUUGUUGGUUUUAUUUGCUCAGGUUUUGAGACAUCUGUCACUGAGAUUUCUUCUGCUGCGACAAUAUUUGAAGUAAAUGGAAUUUCAUUUCUGUUAGAUAAUUUCCAAACUAGGCUCUCAAUUUUUUUUUUAACAGGGACCGUUCAGCACUGUGAGUACCACGAAUAAAGUUCCAACUGAAGUAAUAAUUCGACAUUUCUCUCUUGCUGAGAGUUAGACGAGAUGGUCGAUACCACUUUCAUGUCUGUAUGCUCAAGCCAGCAGGUGGUUAGGAGGGGGAAACAGCUUGCCUGCCUCGGUCUGUGUUGUAUCUCAUUUGUUUAAUCCAUAUACAAACAGAGAUAUAAAAAUGGUUGUGUGGAGGAGCAGAGUUUUUAAAUUUUUGGUUAGAGCCAAAUGUGUAGCACAGCAAAAGUAGCUAAUUAGCUUAUUUGUGUCUAUGAGGCAAGUAGUUGAAUUAAGAAUGAAAGGUUUUCCUGUGCUUCCCAUUCUGUACAUAUUGUGUGUUGGAGUUACUGGUAUGUGAAUUAUUAGGCUUUGGAGUGAGCCAGGCUAGUUGCUUCCAGCCUUUAUGCUAAGUUAAGCAAGAGCCUGCUGGCUCUAGCACCAAAGUUAAUGCACACACAUCAGAAUGAUAUUGAUCUUAUCUGUCUCUUAGGAAAAACGUGAGGACAUGUAUGUCCUUCAAAGCUUAGAGACAGAUAUUCAAAUCCUGCGGGGGAAAAAACUAAACAAAACUACAGUAUCUGAUUGGCUAAGGUGAGUGAAAAAUAAAUAUAUAUUUUGCAAUUUAGUUGAACCAACCCUUUAGGUGUUUGAUUCUUGAGUCAAAGUCAAGGCUCCAUGAAACAAAAAGUCAGCCCUUGGCACUCAAGCCUAGAUCAAGUUAGAUCACACCACUGUGAAGUAAGAUGUUGCUCAAUGUUGUUCCUGCUCAGUGCCACAAAGAGAAGUCAGCAAUCUAGCAACAUUUUACUUUAGCACACACUGUUUCACAUGGUGAAAUAACAUGAGUCACCACCCUGUCCACAUGUCUUUAUUUAUAUUAAUAUUAUUACAUUCAUAUACAUUUGUUCUAGGUACAUGAUGUUCACUUGGUGAUGUCACAGAUUGAUGGACAGCCAAACAGACCAAUAGCAGCAUAGGCACACACACACACCCCCCCUGGUACCACAAACAGGAGGCCUUAAGAGAUAAAAAUGUUUUGCCUCAUUCACACUGACCAUUUGCAGAAUAUCUCUGCUCUAAAGGUAUAGUCAGGGAUUAAGCCUCGAGCCCAGCUCACUCAGCCUUAUUUAGUUUAAACAAGAGAAAAUAUUCCUUAGGGGUCUCAAAAAGUAUAUUUUCCAGCAUUUUAAAGAGCAGGUUUGAUCCAUCCCAGCCUCUUUAACAGGCUCUCUGAUUCUGCUUGAGAGCCUCUAACAGAGAGAGAAGUGAAACAAAAGACAGCCACUUAACCAUGAUUUCCCCCUCUGUUUCUGUUGAUCUACCUUCAUAUAACCAUGGAUACAGUAAGGCAUCAGUAACACGCUGGUUAUGUAAACCCCACCUGAAUCUACAGCAUGUAACACACUUAAGAGCUCUGGAAUUUAAGCAGCAGAGGAAGAUAUGCAUCAACCUGAAAUUCAGACUGGCGUUUACUGUAAAUUUUUCUGUGUCAGAAACACAAGAUGGCUCUUCUCACAGAUACGCUCAGUGUCACAGUGGGCUCUGUUCAGGCCUGGGUUCGUGGGAAAAUAAAUGCAUGUACAGUAUAUUAAUCACAGUAAAUGGACUAGAUAAAUAUAAUGAGGUACAGUUGCUGAAAAGAACACAAGAGUUUACCCAGAAGUAUGUUUAAAGAAAAAACACAUCAAUAAUAUUCAU